CCCCCGCGCCGGCUUUGUUUCCAUAGCACCGCUUGAAGCUUUUGAAGGCGUUUUCACGGAUUAGCGGCGCAUCGUUGGUUUCGCCGCGCAGCUUCUUUGUUGACAGAAUGUCCGACGAUGAUGCGGAGAGUCUGUUGUUGUUGGAGCUUCUGGUGGAGAACAUCCAGCUGGAGGGACGCUGCAAAGCCUCCCGGGAGCUGGCUCUGAGAGUCACAGUACUGGAUUUUCCAGCGCUGCUCAUUCGUCAGCCCCGGCAGAGCGCGCAUGCGCAGAAAGGCGACCCUAAAGUGUUGGAAUAUGUGUUCAACAGAGGCAAGUCCUGCUUCUUCAAAAUGAAUUUGCGCCCAUUGCUCGUCCGCCUGACCGGCAGCCCCCUCCAUGCUCUGGUGCUGGAUGUGACGGAGGAGAAGCCCAGAUUACUCGGCUCCUGCCUGUUAUCACUGGCUGAAGCCAUGAGCAGAGUUUGGCAGGAUGUGACUGAACGUGGCUCUUCUCGCCCCUCUUCCCACGGAGAACGCAGGCUUAUAGGAAUUUCUGACCCUUCGGGGGAGAAAGUUGGAACCAUAUCCUUGAGCUAUAAACUGGCGUAUCUGGGAGCAGGUUUAUUGCCACACAUCCCAGAGACGAGGGUGCAGGAAGGCACAGGGCAAGACCAUGUCAGACAGGAGCGAAUUCCUGCAGGGCCCCUUGCUUGUGAGGAGGAGCACCCACCCACAGACCCACCAAACCAGGCUGAAGGAGAUCCAAACACCUGCGAUGAAAAUAAAAAUGCUAAAGGGGGAGACAGUUCCGAGGAAGACUUCACUUUAGUCUGCCCCCCUCAGCUUUACUAUUGUAGUGCUGCUCAUGAGAAUCCCAAAAAGGAAGACCACAUUCUGGACUUUGAUGCUUUAACGCUCGACGAUUCAGCAUCUGAGAAGGAAGACGAGGGAUGUGAAAGUGCGCCGCCUCAAGGGCUGCCCGAGAGGGUGGUGGCAGUCGGCCCGCAAGCGUCAAGAAGCCAAACCGCUAGCGGGGGAACCCAGAAUGCCCUCAGGGAGGCCUUACAACAGCUCCCUCUCCUUAACGCUCUCGUAGCUGAACUGUCACAGUUGUUUGGCGAGGGCUCACACCAGGCCUCCUCUGUUUACCGCGGCCAGGCGUCCUCAGCUGGACACAGAAACGCAUCGCAGGAACUACACCGGCCCCUGCACACAUGCAGACAGCCCUCCAGCUCCAGUUUAAUCCAUCUACAGCCCCCUCCAAGCAGCUCCAAACCUCACACAAUGGUGAAGAGGAAAGACAGCCAGGAAGAGAUUUUCCACGAGAACCGAAGCUGCAAAAGGGCUCACAGGAAAAAUCUAGUAUACGGGACGACUAAAACAUUUAAUCUGAGGCUGAAGCAGAUUUCCCCUAACAAGGGAAAAAGGCGCGAAUGCAUGGAGGCAAAGAGUCAAACGGCGUCAAGGACAGCCAAAGGAAAGCUGAGGUCAUACGAAACAAUCCCGAGAUCCAGCCAAGGAAAAUCAUUGUCAAGCCUGAGCAUCAAUGAAAAUCCAGAAGUUCGGAGGCUCACGAGGAACUCUGCAGUGCAGGAAACAAGCACCGUGAGGCAAAAGACUCAGGGUGGGGGAGGUGGCAUGGAACAAGGUAGACACACUCCAGGUAUUUCAGAGAAAGCUCCACGUUCACCGGGAGACUGGACAUGCAUUCCCAUCCUGAGCACAGAGACUGACCGCCUGCCCUGCAGCAAAGACGAGCACCAGCAUCACAGCAAAUCAGAUCAAUCAGAGUCUGACAGAGACCAAGACGAAACCCAAUCUUCCAAAAGCAGCAGACGCUGCAGCACAACGUUUUCUUUAUCCGAUGCCAGCGGCCAUGAGGGCGAGAAGGUGGAAUACGCCGACGACUUUGACAGUUUGGCAUCCAGUGAUGCUUGUUCCCCUGACCCCUGGAGCGGCCCUGAGCCCUCCAGGGUCAAGACUCCCAGAUCUCCUGACACCAACCAUUCUGAAUCUACCUCUGAGGGGAGAUCUGCCCCUCUCCCCGUUCCUGUUAGAGCCCCGGGCUCUUCCCAUCGAACUCUGAUGGGAACUCACAUCAUCCGACCUCGAACCCACUACUCAGCUCUUAGUUUUUCCUCCGAUGAAGAUGGGAACGGGCCGUCAUCGUCACAAACCAUUCUGUCAAGAAAGCAAAUGUUAACAAGAAAGAACCAGGAAGCAACUGACAGUGAGGACAGCUCUGUGACUAUAAGUGGUGAAAAGUCCUCCAAACCCAUCCAGAGUGUGGCAGAAGUUUCUUCAGAAUCCAUUUCCUCCUGCUCAGGUCAGGAGGAGGAGGAACUCCAGGAUGAGGUUGGAUCUCUGGAUUUUAGAAAGGAGUCUCUUCACAUCUCAAAGCUUGUGGCCAGCAAACUUCCUGGAUACACAAUGUAAAGGAAAAAAGACAAUCUCCUUUGGGGUUUUUUAAAAUCUGUAAAAUAGUUACAAACAACAGCAAGCUUUUGGUUCACUUUAAACCAGACUAUUGUAAUCAAUACACCAAAAUAUGUACACAUUAGAUGGUAUAUUAAAAGAAUAGAAGUUCUUUGACUUUUUUUUAAUAAAAAAUGUGAAAAAUCA